UGGAGGUCUCCGCUGGCCAGAGGCCAGGCGGGCGCUCCUGCCGCAGCCCGCGGGCAGCCAGGGCGACCCCGAGCCCCUGGCCAUGGCCCGGCGUUUCCUGGCGCUGGUGGCCGGUUGCCUUCUCUGCUCGGCGUUUGGAAUAGUGCCAGAACCAAAAAAUGUAACAAUUAAUUCCGUUAACUUGAAAAGCACUCUACAGUGGGAUCCACCUACUGUUCACAAAGAAAAUAUUACUUAUACGGUCGAGUCUAUAAGCAGUCUCUAUAACAGGAAUAUGUGUGUGAACAUUGUCAUCACGGAGUGUGACUUCUCUUCUCUGCCUGUAUAUGGAGAAUACACCUUGCGAGUCAGGGCUGAAUCGGAGAACGAAAAAUCAGGCUGGGUGAACAUCAUCUUUAAGCCACUCGAUGACACAAUCAUUGGACCACCUGAUGUAAAAGUGAAAUCUGAAUCCGGAUCUUUGCAUGUAGAUUUCACAGGCCCUGUCGCUGUACAAGAGUCACAUGUGUGGCCUUUAAAUAAAUAUUAUGGCUCUUGGGUUUACAGAGUGCUAUACUGGAAAAAAGGCAAUAGUGAAGAGGUUAUAACCACAGAUACUAAAUAUAACUCAGAAAUAUUAUCUGGUUUGGACCCUUGGACAAUAUAUUGCCUUCAAGUUCAAGCAGUUAUUCCUGAAUGGAACAAAACAGGAAAGCUGAGUGAAGAGUUCUGUGAUAGGACAACUGAUAAUGGUGUAACUCCAGUAUGGAUAAUUCUCACUGUUCUUCUAGUAUCAACGUUGGUUGUUCUAGUAUCAGUUCCUGCCUGUUUCUUUAUCUUUUCAUAUAUAUAUCGACAGGCCAGAUAUGUCUUCUGCCCUACAUAUUCUUUUCCACAACAUCUGAAGGAGUUUUUGAGCAAGCCUUCCUACAGUUCGCAGUUUCUUUCGCCACAUUCACCGGAAGAGGAUCACUCCUUUGAUAAGUUAACUGUCAUUUCAGAAGAAUCUGAAAACUGUAGUGAUGAGACAAGCAACAGAAAGGAGCAGCUUCAGGACUCCCAAGAAGAGAGUUCUAUUGCAGAAAAAGUUUCAGCUUUUGAAAAGGGACCAAGUUCAGUCUUAUACCUGAUUCAGGCUGAAAACAGGUACCCAAAUAGACAAUUAAAUACGACUUUAUAUUGAGAAUGCAGCAGCAAGCACUUGGUAAAAUUCCAGAUUUAAAAUGUGUAAAGAGAAUUUUGUCAAUCAUAUUUAUUUUUCAACUCUGAGAAACAUUAGUUUAAACGACUCCUGAAGUGGGAUGCAAUUUUUAGCCACUCGUUUUUAAUGACUGAUUUAUAACCUGUGUCACGAAUUAUAUUGCACUAUAAUACGGUGCUUCUUGUAAUGUAAGUAUUAAAUAUAUAAUUCAUUAUUUUUAUUUUAUUGAAUAUUAUUAAAGUUAAUCAGAAUUAUGACCAGCACAGCAUAGUUUUCAAAGGAAACUUUUCCUUUACAAGAAAACUUUUAGAUUUAACUGAUUUUAGUAUGAAAAUCUUUGUAUUUUGUUUUAGUGGUUGGCUUCAAGUCUGACUAGUAGUGAGUAGAUUAAUAUUUUAUAUUUAAUUUAUACAUGACACUAAAAUUACGACAUUUUUCUUGAUAGGUACCACUUUAAUAAAAUAGUAGCAAACAAUGUCAAUAUGUUUUAAAUGUGAAAAAUUAGUUAUGGGCCAUACUUCAUCAUAGGUUUACAGUGGGGCAGUGGAGCUUUGACAGUUUACACUCUUUAAGGAUCUGCCCCUAGUUCUUAAGCAAAUCACAUUGAGCCUAAUCCAAAAUCACUGAAGUCAAUGGGAAGACUUUCCAGGAAAUAGGAUUAAAUAUUAAACUAACCUCCAUAAAUCUGCUAGACCAUAUAACUUAAUACUCUGUUCAGAAAUGGUCAGCAGCUAGGCUAUAUUGCUGUGUACAUAAAAAGAGGAGAGUUGCUGCAUGAGCUAAGAAAAAUAAUAUUGGGCAUAUAAUUUGGUUUUACUUUAAUAGAAACAAAUCUUUCAAGUGCUGCAAAGUUAUCUGAACAUACUGUAUUAGAUUUCUGAAAAAUGUCAAAUUUUUCCUCAGCAAAAGUGGAUUGCUAUGAGUAUAUUAUGUAUAAAACAUAAUUUGUUAUGUAGGUGGCAAAAUUAAUUGCCCUAAUUUUUGUUUUUAUUAUAGGGAUAGGAUAAAUGUGCAUCUUUUGGAGAACUAAUUCAGAAAGAAUAUACAAAAAAUAAAUAAAAUUGAUAUU